UCUCCUCUUCAUUAAUCAACACAAAACCACAAACCCGUAUAUAUAACAAUGGCGGGAAUUUAAAUUAAGAAAAAAAAUCUCACCAAAAAAAAAAAAAUGGAGCAAAAAAUGGAAAACCCAAGUCACAAUAAUGUUGAUUCUCUUCACAGGAAAAUUGAAGAGCUUAGAGAUAUUCAAACAAGUGUCGAAGACCCAAAAUCAGUGGAUCUUGAAUUGAAGAAAUCACUUGAAGAUUCUACACUUCAAUUUGAGAGCAAAGUGGAACAAAUAUUAUGUGAUGCUUCAGAAGUCAGCUUCUCGUCUGAUCAGGAUUUAGAUGAAUUUUGGAAAUAUUUGAAGAAUGAGCUAAGCACAGAGGAGGCUAAGAAUGCAAAAAUAGAAGAUGAAAUUGAGGGGCUUUCAAGGGGAUAUGUUGAAGGUUAUAGCAAAUUGGUGAAUGAAAUUGAAGGCCUUAGUUGUUCUUUGGAGCUCAUUGAAUCACUGGGACUUGAACAAGGAAGAGUACUGGAAAAUUUUGCUUGUUCUACACCUGGAGAAGAUAAAGGAAACUUGUCAAACACAUCUGUAGAACAUAACUUUAAGAUCUUUGAAUUAGGUAAUCAGCUUGAGAAGAGCAAAUUGAAUUUGAAAUCGUUGGAAGAUCUUGAGAGUGCUUUCAACAGAUUCGAGGCUAUAGAGAAGAUUGAAGAUGCAUUUUCUGGUCUUAAGAUAGUAGAAUUUGAGGGGAACCGCAUCAGAUUAUCUUUGAGAACUUUUAUCCCAAACUUCGAAAACUUGCUGCACGACCAAAAGAUAGUUGAUGAUGGUGAACCACCAGAGCAAAAUCAUGAGUUGUUACUUGAAUUGAUGGAAGGAACCAUGGAGCUAAAACACGUCGAGAUUUUCCCAAAUGAUGUAUAUAUAAGUGAAAUAACUGAUACUGCAAAAUCCUUCAGACAGGUAUAUUUCCCUGUGGGAGUUCUUGAAAAUAGAUUUUCUUUGGAGUGGUUCGUUAAAAGGGUGCAAGAUCGAAUUGUUUUUUGCACGUUAAGGCGAUUUCUAGUGAAGAGUGCAAAUAGUGCAAGGCAUUCAUUUGAAUACGUGGAUAGAGAAGAGACAAUAAUAGCUCAUAUGGUUGGUGGAAUUGAUGCUUUCGUAAAGCUACCUCAAGGUUGGCCACUUACCAGCUCUGGUUUAACCCUGAUGUCUCUCAAGGGCUCAAGUCACUCAUCAAAAGAAAUAUCUUUGACCCUCCUUUGCAAGGAAGUGGCAAACUCAAUGGAUACAAAUGCACGCCAGACUAUCUCAGGCUUCACGGAUAGAGUUGAAGAAAUACUUAUGCAACAAAUGAGUACAGUAACUUCAACCUGAAAAUAUUCCGAAAAGAUGACUGCUGCCCUGCUUUAUUUCCAUUCAAUAGUACUGAUGUCUGCUGCUAGUCCUCAGAUUCACUCAAUGUACUCAUUUCAGAUGUUAAGAUGUUCUUGUAGCGAAUUAGCAUUAUGUUAUGUGUUAAAAUAUCACUUUGAUCUAAACCUUAACAUACUUUAUUUCUGGAUAUGGUAAAAUAUCAUUAACAUGCACCAAGUGGGUGAGUAUAUGUACAGCAAAACGGAUUUCAUUC